CAAAAUUAGUAUUUUCCCAGUGAUGAGAGAAGAAAAUGUGUCUCAAUGAGUUUAUACAGAUGGAUUCGUCAAGGGUCAUUCCGUCAUUUAGAUGCAAUGAAAUUGAAAAAACAAAAUUGCAUAAAGAAUGGCAAAUCUGGAUACGAUCAUUGGAUUAUUAUUUUGAAGCUGAAGACAUAACUGACCUUGGAGGUUCACAGCUGCAAGCGAUAUUUCAAUCGUUACCUGACAGUGAAAAAUUUGCGAUGGUAUCUUUAGAGAAGGCUUAUUAUGAUGUGGCGAUUCAAGCAUUGGACGAUUUUUUUCAACCGGGUCGGCAAGAUGUACUCGAGCGCCAUAACUUACGAAGAAUGAAGCAACAAGAAGGCGAGAGGUUUGCGGAAUUUGUUAUCAGGAUUAGACAACAAAUUAGUGAAUGUGGCGUCGAUAAAUAUGAACAGAGCGUUUGUAAGAUUCUUACAGACAUCAUGCUGACAGAUACUAUAAUAGAGGGCUGUAUAUCAGAUGAACUACGGAAGCAGAUUCUGCAGAAAGAUCGAUCAAUAGAAGAAAUCGAAGAAAUCGGAAAAUCACUGGAAGAUUUUGGAUCAAACCGCGAGGAGUUUAGGCAACAUGAGCGCGUUUAUGGUAUUCAAACCAAACGACGGUAUCAGCCAUUGAAGCAGAAAGAAGACUUUCUACAGAAGUUUAAAAAUCCGGAGAUGAACUGUUUCCAAUGCGGGCUUUUCGGACACAUUUCGAGUGACACACGAUGUCCGGCCAGAGGAAAAUGGUGCAAGCGAUGCAAGAAAAUAGGACAUUUUGAAGCCCGAUGUCGGAUGCAAGUCAGACCUUUCUCACGUUGGAAGGAAGAAACAGUAGGAGCCAAGAAGAUUCGAGCUGUAAAACGUACUGCUGCACAGGACCAGGAAGUCCAAGAAUUAAAUGUAAUUGAGGCUACAGAACCGUCGUCGGAUAAUUCAUCGAGAACAUAUUACGCUUUCUAUUCUGGAAACGAGUCAAAUACGGUGAAAUGUGUGAUCGGAGGUGUUUCUCACCCGAUGUUGGUUGACUCAGGAGCAGAGGCAAAUUUGAUUACUAGUGAUGCUUGGAAGGAAUUUAAAUCUGCGGGAAUCGAAGUAAUCAGCUGUAACAAAGGGAGCGAUCGUAUACUGAAAAGCUAUGCAACGACACUCCUCUCACGGUAUUGGGCACGUUUACAGCAGUUGUCCGGGCUGGAAUAAGAUCCGUAGAAGCCGAGUUUUUCGUGAUCCAAGGAGGUCAACGGUGUCUGUUGGGAGAUGCUACGUCCAAACAAUUGGGAAUAUUAAAAAUUGGCCUGGAGAUCGAUCGUAUUUCAGAAAAUAUAGAGCAACUUUCAAAGAUUGCUGGCGUUAGUGUUCAUAUUCAUUUGGAUCCAGAUGCUAUACCGAUUUUUCAACCUAUGAGGAGAGUUCCCGUAGCACUGGAGGAAGCUGUGAACAGGAAACUUGAAAAGCUAAUUGCGAGAGAUAUUAUCGAGGAGAAAAAAGGUCCGGUGAGCUGGGUAUCUCCAUUGGUAGUAGUUGGAAAGGCGAACGGCGAACCUAGGAUUUGUCUGGAUCUAAGGAGAGUUAACGAAGCUGUACUGAGAGAAAGACACCCAAUGCCAAUGAUCGAUGACUUCUUAGCUAGAGUUGGACCGAAUAUGAUACGUAGCAAAUUGGACGUCAAAGAUUCCUUCUUGCAGCUCGAGUUGAAUGAGUCUUCAAGAGAUGCAAUGGUAUUCCUUACAUCAAAUACACUCCUUACACGACACUCCUCUCAAUGUACCGGUUCAAGCGCAUGCCCUUCGGACUAGUGUCGGCUCCUGAAAUUUUUCAAAAAACCAUGGACGCAAUAUUGGCAGGUACUGAGGGCACUUGGUGGUACAUCGAUGAUGUGUAUAUUGAAGGAAAGGACAAGGUGGAACAUGUUCAACGUGUAAAGAAGGUGCUAGCUAAAUUGAAAGCAAGGAAUGUGCAGCUCAACUGGGAUAAAUGUAUUUUUGGGGCCGCAGAGCUCGAGUUCCUAGGUCAUAAAAUAACUAGAACUGGAAUAAUACCAUCGGAUGCCAAAGUGGAAGCUCUAGUCUCUUUCCGACGACCUGCGAAUGCUAAUGAAGUGCGGAGUUUUCUUGGGCUGGCCAACUACUUGAAUCGGUUCAUACCAAACUUGGCAACAGUAGAUGCGCCACUAAGAGACAUGAUGAAGAAAGGAGUCUCUUUCAGUUGGCUGGUCGAACAUGAAAAAGCCUUCCGCGAGAUCAAGACAAAAUUGGCUGAUUCAUCUACGUUGGGUUUUUAUCAGAAGGGAGAUAGAACAUUGGUAAUGGCUGAUGCCAGUCCAAUAGGACUAGGAGGCUUACUGAUUCAAGUAGAUAAGCAUGGAAAACAUCGAAUUAUAAGCUAUGCGUCCAAAUCAUGACCUGAAACGGAAAAACGAUAUUGCCAUACUGAAAAAGAGGCAUUGGCACUUGUGUGGUGUGUUGAAAAGUUCUACAUUUAUUUGUAUGGGAUUGUCUUUGAGAUUUUGACCGAUUGCAAAGCACUUAUCUAUUUGUUUACACCGCGAUCGAGACCUUGUGCUCGGAUCGAAAGAUGGGUUUUACGGCUCCAAGGAUUUGAUUACUUAGUAACGCAUAUUCCAGGGGAACAAAAUCAUGCCGACGUUUUAUCGAGAUUGUCAACAUUAAAACCUGUAGCUUUUGACCAGCGGGAAGAAAUCAUGAUUAAGGAAAUUGUAGACUUUGCUGCAAACGCGGUAGCUAUUCCAUGGGAAGAAAUGGUGGAAGCAAGCAAAUCGGACGUGGAAAUACAAACUGUUCUAGAAAUAAUUGGAAGCGGUAAACGUGAUGAACUACCAAUCGAAUUUCGGGUUUUUGGUAAUGAACUAUGUCGAGUAGGAUACCUUCUGUUACGCGGGGAUCGUAUAGUUGUUCCACGUGCAUUACGGUCUCGUGUUCUUCAAAUUGCUCAUGAAGGUCAUCUAGGAACUUCAAUGAUGAAGUCAUCAUUGCGUAUAUCAGUGUGGUGGCCUAAAAUGGAUAGAGAAGUGGAGCACUUUGUAAAGAAUUGCCGUGGCUGUAUACUGGUAUCAGCACCUGAUGUACCAGUUCCUAUGGCGAGAAAAUUGUUGCCAGCUGGUCCUUGGCAGGAGAUAGCUGUUGAUUUCAUGGGACCACUGCCAGAGGGUCAGCGACUUUUCGUAGUAGUUGGCUAUUACAGUCGAUUUGUAGAAGUUGCAGAAAUGAAGAACGUUACUGUGGCCGACACAAUAAGAGAGUUAUCAACGAUAUUCGGCCGUUUUGGAGUUCCUAUUACGAUGAGAGCCGAUAAUGGACCGCAACUGAGCGGUGAGUGUAAAGAACUUAAGCAGUUCUGCGAGGAAUUCAACAUUGAAUUGGUUAACACGAUUCCGUACUGGCCGCAGGCGAAUGGUGAAGUAGAGCGUCAAAACAGAAAUAUCUUGAAGCGGUUACGAAUAGCGCAGGAAUUAGGCAAGGAUUGGCGUUUAGAAUUGAGAAAAUUUUUACUCGCAUACCAUUCGACAAUUCACUCGACGACUGGGAAGUCCCCAUCGGAGCUGAUGUUUGGGCGCAGGAUCAGGAAUAAGCUGCCUUCAAUUCCGGAGCACAAGGAAGAUGAAGAGGUUAGGGACCGGGACAAAAUUGUCAAAGAAAAAGGGAAGGGAUACUCAGACAACAAACGUAGGGCUUGUAGUAAUGAUGUUACGGAGGGGGAUUUAGUAUACAUGAAACGACAAAGGAAAGAGCAUAAGCUAGUCACAGAUUUUUCUUCGGAGUUAUUCAAGGUCAUCAAACGAGUGGGAUCGGAAGUUACUGUUAAGUCAUUGAGAUCAGGACAUGAAUACAAACGCUAUGUCUCACAUCUUAAGAAAGCAGAAGAUCGUGUUCAGGAUAGAGACGUUCAAGAAGAAUCAUUAGAACAAGAGGAGGUUGGCAGCGAAAAAAGAUCAGAAGGCUCAGAAGGUCCUCAACAUAAUAAUGAUGAGAAUAUUGUUGUACCUGAGAAACGAAAAUGUUUAGCUCCCAAGAAGUUUCAAGACUAUGUGCCUUUUUGAAAAUUAAAAACAAGGUGGGAUGUAGGGACCUUCUACUACUAAGAUAUCAAAAUAGAGUACUUACCUGAACGGGAGAGAUCUUGGCUGGCGAUGAGAGAGGCAAUAGUGAGGAAAAAGAUAGAAGGGAUUACGAGGAGUACAGUUAUACGCGAAGGUUGUGAAUUAAAUAGUGGUGUAAUAAAAGAGUCUAUUACGGAGUUAUAAUUGAUAAAUUAGUUUUUAAUUUGAGUGUCCGAACGAGUCGAUACAACCGUAUCCCUGAGGAUUCUUCAAAUAAUUGAGCACAACUUGAUGAGAUCGUUCAAUCUGACGUGAAAUUUCUAUGAUACCAACGCCUUCUUGAUUUAUUCAUCAAAACAACUAAAACAACGGAAAAAUGUAACUGGUCUUGUAAAAACUUGACACAUGAAAAAUACAAAAACAUUCGUUUAAGCUCAGCGCUUGCACACACACAUAUGAAAAUUAUGCAGUGUAUGGUUGUCACCAAUACCAAUAAACUAGAAUAUAAGUUGAAGCAUUGUUUGUUUACAAUGGCACAAAGCAGCAAGAAAAAUAGCACCUGGUCUUAUAGAAGUUGGACAGAGUGUAUUACUGUUACCCAUGAAAAGGUAGAUUCUGCUAUUACCAAGAUGAAAUACUCUACACCACCUAGUUUAGAUGAACUUCAUUCCUGUGUUUUGAAACGUUGUUCGAGCGCACUGGUGCAUCCAUUAACAAUAAACGGUACUUUCGUAUUAGCGUCACCGGAGCCGAAAUACAAUAGAUAGCAUUUUUAACCGCCGUCGGAAGCGGCGGCCUUUACAGUGCUAUUUUGCGUGUAAAAAAUUGUAAUUUCAAUAUUUGGCUAAUAAUUGUUAUCCCAAAAGGUCGGAAUAUACAGGAGAAAUAUGGUAUGCCACGUUCCUCAACAAAACUAUAUAAAUCGAGUCAUUGUUCACAUAGGUAUACAUGAAACAUCGGCAGGUUUAGUGUUAACACUACUUUUUAACAAGUCGCUUAGAGAAGGCAGAUUUCCAUUUUGUUGGAAGUUGUGUUAAGAUAUUUGGUAAUGAUGUACUGUUCGCUAACUGUGAAAAUUAUAUAUCAGCUGAUCAACAUGGACUCUACCCUAAGAGAUCUCUUUCCACAAAUUUGGUGCAGUUUACUUCAUUUUACUUGCGUAGUCUAGAUGUCGGUUCACAAGUUGACGUAAUAUAUACCGAUCUCAAAGCAACGUUCGACCGAUUCGAUCAUAGGACACUACUUUUAAAACUGGAUAAACUCGGAAUCUCUAGUGAUCUCAUCAGAUGGUUUGAACCAUACCUUACAAAUCGCAGACUCUGUUUUAAAAUUGGAUCUAAAUCGUCAGAAUAUUUUUACCAAAAAAAAAUCCGGCGUUCCACAGGAAGACAAUUUGGCGAACCGAGCCAUCUAACGAACUGAAAUGUGUCCAGGAUCUUCACCAGGUUUUCGGAAUAACGUUUUAAGCCAACAUUGAGGUAGUUUUAACACAUGAGGGACCGCAAAGAAAUGUGUAAGACAUACGCCUGGAACCGCACGUUUCGGGGAAAACUUGUACGCUUAAUUUGUUUGGAUUCCACGAAUAAGAUCGUUUCCUUCGGUGUGGAUGAGACGAAGGUGAGCCAUCGGUAAGCCUUGUUAGAUUCAUGGCAGACCAAGACCCAUCGAGUGUACACGGGUUAUUUCGUGAUCCAUCCGUAACGGACCUCCGCGAUCACGAGAAAACUCGUGAGUGGUCCUUAAUAUGUUAAGAAGAUUUUAUAUUUUGAUAACUUUAUAUGCAAUAUGUUCUUGUGUAUGUUUAUGUUUAAUUAACUUAGUUGGUCUUCGAUUGUAAAGUUAUUGUUAUUUGUUACGAGCACUAGAAGAUAUGAUGUUUUUAUGCCCUUCUGAGUAAAAGAUUCAUUAACUCAAAAGGGAUUUUCCUUAUCAUGAAACAUUUCACUAAAUCAUCAGGCUAGAUGGGAAUAAAUGAAUAAAUAAAUAAAUUACCCGCACUAC